AUGUCAAGAAACAAAAUUCUUGUAUUAGGACAAGAAAAAAAUAAUCAUGCUGGAAGUAAAAUACACUGGAAAAUAAUAACAAAGUAUUAUACAGCAAAUGUAGAAUUUUGGAUUGAUGAAACGGUUUCCAAAGAUCAAUUGAAUUAUGAAGUGAUCAAAGAAUACGAAAAAGAAGAAAAUGAUCCCUAUGAAAAUUGGUGUUUGGAAAAUGGAUUUGAAUAUGUUGAUUUAGAUCUAGAUGCCAAAAAGAAUGUUAUAGAUAGUUCAGAACGUGUUGGAAUAGACCGAAUUUUGGAAGCAUUACAAUCUCAUAUGUGGGAGGGAAUGAUUCGUGUAUCAAAAGAAAAUAAUAAUAAUAAUAAUAAUAAAAAGGGGGAAGAAGAAGAAAAUAAAGAAAGUAAUAAAAGAAAAGAAAAGAUAGAACCUUCUUUUGUAAUGCCUUCUAAACAAGAAGUAGAAUCAAUGUAUCAACAUAUUUUUAAAGACUUUGAUGAAGAUGAUGGUCUUGAUAAAGUUCUCUCUAGAAUAAGUAGCAUAAGAGAACGUGGUAAAUCACUUCCUGAUGAAGAGAGGAGAAAAUUGGCAGCAUCUGUUGCAUAUUCUUUUAGUUUGCAUAUGGAGGAUAAUAAGUAA